AUGAACCCUGCUGGACCAUUCUUACUGUCUGUGAUAUCGUGUCUGGUGUGGCUCUCCUGGGGCUUUGAUCCGGCUCCAAGUGCUUGCUCCGCCUUGGCCUCCGGGGUCCUCUACGGAUCCUUUUCCUUGAAGGACCUCUUCCCCACCGUCUCCACCGGCUGCUCAUGGACCCUGGAGAACCCGGAUCCAACCAAAUACUCUCUGUAUCUCAAGUUCAACCGGGAGGAGCAGGUCUGCACCCACUACUCGCCCAUGGUGCUUCCGCUGGACCAUUACCUCUCCAAUGACACCUGCAGCCAGCCCAGAGCCACCGCCCUGCCCCAGGAGGGGAGAGAGGAAGAGGAGGAGGAGGAGGAGGAGGAACCGGGCUUGGAGCUUUGCCAAGGUGGGGGGGCCUUUGCCUUUUUUCAUUUCGACAAGAACUUUGUGCAGCUCUGCCUGGCGGAGGAGCCCGAAGCGGCUAGCCGAUUGCUGCCCCCCGAAGCCGUGGAGUUCCGCUUUGUCGAAGUCCUCCUGAUCAACAACAACAACUCCAGCCAGUUCACCUGCAGCGUGCUCUGCCGGUGGCUGGAGGACUGCCUUCGGCCGGGGGCCAGCCAGCCCUGCGGUCUCUCACAAACGGGCUGCACCUGCCAGACACCCCGAACUUUGCCGGCUCCUCCAGUGGUCAACCAGACACUUUCCAAUGCCCUGACGCCCCCCGCGGCCCCCACCACCAGCACCAGCACCAGCAGCAGAAACAACUGCUGCGUGACCCAAUUGCAUUCUGGGAAUGCGAAUGAUGUAUAUUCUCCAGAGAUUAAGCACGGUAAGGACAGCCAGGAAUUACCUAAAGUUUAUCAAUGGGCAAGAUCAAAAGAUGAAGAACUUCUCCACAUGCCAGCAACCGGAGAUCCAGCCGCAGAAGAGUGGUCUCAAUGGAGUGUCUGCUCCCUGACCUGUGGGCAAGGCACCCAGGUGCGAACUCGCUCCUGUGUCUCCUCACCCUACGGGACUCUGUGUAGUGGCUUGCUGCGGGAGACCAGGAUGUGCAACAACACCGCCACAUGCCCAGUGGAAGGCCAAUGGCUGGACUGGGGAUCCUGGAGCCGGUGCUCAGUGACAUGUUCCAAUGGGACUCAGCAGCGAACCCGCAAAUGCAGUGUCUUGGCUCAUGGCUUGGCAGAGUGCAAAGGAGCUCACGCUGAUGCCAGGGAGUGUCACAAUCCAGAAUGUUCAGCUGCGAGCAAAUGGGGUCCAUGGAGUGAAUGGAAUCUCUGCUCCAAGACUUGUGACACUGGCUGGCAGAAACGUUUCCGGAUGUGCCAGGGGACAGGCGCACAAGACUACCCCUGUGAGGGCAGUGGGGAAGAAGUGAAGACUUGCAAUGAGAAAAAAUGCCCAGCCUUUCAUGAGAUGUGUAAGGAUGAGUCCAUUGCCCUGAUGACUUGGAAGAAAGCUUCAGCUGGUGAAACAGUCUACAACAAAUGCCCCUCCAAUGCUACAGGAUCUGCCAGCCGACAGUGCCUGCUCAACAACCACGGUGUGGCUUACUGGAGCCUGCCCAGCUUCGCCCGCUGCAUUUCCCACGAGUACCGAUAUUUACAUCUUUCACUCCGUGAGCACCUGGCGAAGGGCCAGCGCAUGCUGGCAGGUGAGGGUAUGUCUCAGGUGGUCCGUAGCCUGCUGGAGCUUGUUGCCCGCCGGAGCUAUUACAGUGGGGACCUGCUCUUCUCAGUGGAGAUCCUGCGCAAUGUCACAGAUACUUACAAAAGAGCCACCUAUAUUCCUUCCUCAGAUGAUGUGCAGCGUUUCUUCCAGGUUGUGAGCUACAUGAUAGAUGCAGAAAACAGGGAGAAAUGGGAAGAUGCCCAACAGGUGUUGCCUGGUUCCGUCCUCCUCAUGAAAGUGGUUGAAGAUUUCAUCCAUCUGGUAGGAGGUGCCCUCAAGGCUUUCCAGAGUUCCCUUAUUGUUACGGACAACUUGGUGAUUAGCAUCCAGAGAGAGCCGGUUUCUGCUGUGUCCAGUGAUAUCAAUUUCCCCAUGAAGGGGCGUCGGGGCAUGAAGGAUUGGGCCCGCCACUCCGAAGACAAGAUCUUCAUUCCCAAAGAAGUCCUCAAUCUCUCCUCAUCUGAAACAGAUGACUCAGCUUAUUUUGUCAUUGGCGCCAUCCUGUACCGCACCUUGGGAUUAAUUCUGCCCCCUCCUAGAAGUCCUCUGGCAGUCAUGUCCAAAGUUCUCAUGGUGACGGUGAAGCCACCAACGAAGGCCAUGGAACCUUUGAUUACAGUGGAGUUGUCCCAUAUUAUCAAUGGCACCUCACAUCAACAAUGUGUGACCUGGGAAUACACUAAAGUAGAGACUGGCACUGGGAACUGGGACACCGAAAGCUGCCAGAUGGUGGAAACCCUCUCUGCUCAUACCAAGUGCCAAUGCAGACAGCUCUCAACCUUUGCCGUGAUUGCCCAGCUCCCCAAAGACCUGGCCAUGGAUUCUGGCAGUUCUCCAUCAGUCCCUCUCAUGAUCGGCUGUGCAGUCUCCUGUAUGGCUUUGCUGACCUUGCUGGCAAUCUAUGCUGCAUUUUGGAGGUUUAUCAAAUCUGAACGUUCCAUCAUUCUUCUGAAUUUUUGUCUCUCUAUUUUGGCCUCCAAUGUCUUGAUCCUGGUGGGACAGUCCCAGAUGCUCAGUAAGGGCAUCUGCACCAUGACAGCUGCCUUCCUCCAUUUCUUCUUCCUCUCUUCCUUCUGCUGGGUGCUGACCGAAGCUUGGCAAUCUUAUUUGGCUGUGAUUGGCAGAAUCCGAACACGGCUAGUUCGUAAACGCUUCCUCUGCCUCGGAUGGGGUCUGCCAGCUUUGGUGGUUGCAGUUUCAGUUGGCUUCACUCGGACCAAAGGAUAUGGGACAGCCAGCUACUGCUGGCUGUCCCUUGAAGGAGGACUGCUGUAUGCCUUUGUGGGUCCUGCUGCUGUGAUUGUGCUGGUUAACAUGCUGAUUGGGAUCAUCGUAUUUAACAAGCUGAUGUCUCGAGAUGGUAUCUCAGAUAAGUCCAAAAAGCAGCGAGCCGGGGCGUCUCUGUGGAGCUCCUGCGUGGUUCUUCCCCUCCUGGCGCUCACCUGGAUGUCAGCUGUGCUUGCCAUGACUGACCGGCGCUCCAUCCUCUUUCAAGUUCUCUUUGCCGUCUUCAACUCGGUGCAGGGCUUCGUCAUCAUCACCGUCCACUGCUUUCUGCGCAGAGAGGUCCAGGAUGUGGUGAAAUGUCAGAUUGGCGUAUGUAAAAGUGACGAAAAUGAGAAUUCACCAGAUUCGUGCAAGAACGGGCAAGUCCAGAUCAUGACAGAUUUUGAAAAGGAUGUUGACCUGGCAUGUCAGACAGUCCUCUUUAAAGAGGUUAACACGUGCAACCCAGCUACCAUCACCAGCACAUUGUCGCGCAUCUCCCUGGACGGUGAUGAGGAUCCAAAGCUCAACACCAGCUCCGAAGGUGGCCUGGGCUUCUCCACCCUCCCUGGGAACAUCCCGCCCACUUCCAUCCUGGUCCAGAUGCCACAAAUGACACACAACGUGGUGAAAGGGCUGAAGGAGCUCAGCGACCCCCCUGCCAAGAAGGACGUUAACGUGGAUGUGGCCCAUGGGCCGGUCUACCUGUGCAGUGACAGCAACCUGCGGCAACUGGAUUACGGUUGGCUGCACUCUCAGGAGGCUUCCCUGGAGAGCAAUUACAUGGUGCUUCCCCGGAGGACGGUGAGCCUUAAGCCUUUCAGCAGGGAAGAAGGCAAACUCAACAUCAAGUUGGACGAACCUCCAGGCCCGCCUCAGGGCCGGCCAUCCAUGGAGGCCAAGGCUUACCCUAGCUUUGCCUCCAUGGACCACCUCAACGUGAACUUGAACCAGCCUUAUGGGACAGUCAAGCACCCGUAUGGCCUUCAGUUCAAGCAACACCCCACGGUGCGGCAGAUCCUGGCCUCAGAGUUGUCCGAACGAAGCCGCAGCAUGCCUCGCACCGUGCCCGGUUCGGCCAUGAAAGUGGGCUCCCUGGAGAGGAAAAGACUACGGUACUCUGACCUGGAUUUUGAGAAAGUUAUGCACACAAAGAAACGCCAUUCAGAACUCUACCACGAGUUGAAUCAGAAAUUCCACACGUUGGAUCGGUAUCGUGCUCCGGCCACUAACGCCUCAAAGCCAGAGGUCCCCAGCCCGGAGAGCCAGCGGCAGAAGCAGAGGUCCUGGAGCACCUUCAAGGCCCUGACGCUCAGCUCGCUGCCCUCCAAGCCGCGGGAGAAGCUGGAGCUGCACUCGGCCGACUGGGAGAAACAUUGCAUGAGCCUGGACCUGUCAGAGGGCGACUUCCAAACCGAAGUGUGA